UACCUGUGGACCAACAAGAAGGCAGUAGACGAACGGGAGGUCCUCAAGAACCUCCCUGAUAAGUUGAGGGCAGAGAUUGCCAUCAACGUUCACCUGGAGACACUGAAGAAGGUGAGGAUUUUCCAGAACUGCGAGGCAGGGCUGCUGGUGGAGCUGGUGCUGAAGCUUCGCCCUCAGGUGUUCAGCCCGGGGGAUUAUGUGUGCCGCAAAGGGGACAUCGGGAAGGAGAUGUACAUCAUCAAGGAGGGCAAGCUGGCCGUGGUGGCGGAUGAUGGGAUGACACAGUACGCUUUGCUCACUGCAGGGGGCUGCUUUGGUGAGAUCAGCAUCCUCAACAUCAAAGGGAGCAAAAUGGGCAACAGGCGCACAGCCAACAUCCGCAGCUUGGGCUACUCUGAUCUCUUCUGCCUGUCAAAGGAAGAUCUCAUGGAAGCAAUCACAGAGUACCCUGAUGCCAAAAGGAUCUUGGAGGAGCGUGGCAGGGAGAUCCUAAUCAAGGAAGGGCUGCUGGAUGAGUCAGCUGCAGAGGAAAGCACAGAAGGAAAGAGCGUGGAGGAGAGACUGGACAGGGUGGCCUCGAACCUGGACACGCUGCACACCCGCUUGGGCCGGCUCCUGACUGAGUACAACGAUGCCCAGAUGAAGCUCAAGCAGCGCAUCACUGCUCUGGAGUCCAAGAUGAGGCAGGAGGAAGUGGAGGAUUUCUUCUCUGAUAGCUCAGACAGUCUGUUUGAGGAUGAGGAGAAAGCUUCACCUGGUGGGAUGCAGUGAGGGGGAACAGAGUCAGCUGGAUGAUGUCUGACCUUGUGCUGAGGCAGUGUUUGCUGUUUCACAAGGCAGACCCUGUGGCUGCCUUGCCAGGUCCUUGGUGCUGCUGCUGGCACUGCCUUGAUGGCAGCCCCUGAGGUGGCUCCAAAUCAGGGGAUUGCCCUGGCUCCUCCUCUGACCUGUCACUUGUUUCAUUGCCUUUUGGGCCAGCCUUUGUAACUCACUUCAGGUAAUCAGUCCACACUGAGUGUCUGCAAAGACUGCCCAGUCUGCACCCAGAAACUCUUUACUCACAGUCCCCAAACUCAGCUAGGACAGGCCAAACUGUGCUUCUGGCAUCUGCAAAGGGAGAGGCUUGUCUGGGUCACUGUCACUGCCCUGAUCCCCACCCUUGCUGAGGCUGGGCACUGAGCUGCCAG